GGAUUUAAAAAUUAAAAUUCCAAUCCUUGCCUGUCCAUGUCAACAACUAUUCAAAGUGAAGGCUAAAGAAUUAGCAUCACCAUAAUCACACUACAAUUAACAAUCACUUAUGAAAUGAGAUAUCCAAGUCCCGAGACAUUGUUACCGCAUAUAGCAUCAGAUAUCUCUGAAUGUCACGUCUAAAAUGCCGUCUGGAGUAAUUUUUAUCGUGCAUAUUCCCUCGAGCAACUACGAACACGUCCUUAGAUUCGGCAAACCGAAAGAGUUAUUGCCGAUAGAGGAUUCUGCUUCGAAGAAAUGCUUUUUGGAAGUGGAAUUGAGAAAUAAAAAGUCUAAAAGUAUUCCGAUACAUCUAACACAGAGCUUCUACGGUGAGAAUUAUAAUCCGACGUUGGAAAACAUAAAUGAAGACGACGAAUUUAUUACCAUGGAAAGCAUAUUGCAAGAGCUGCUACGAAAACUAAACGUAGAGCCUGUGGUGUGGGUGAGUGACAAACUCGGCAAUUACUAUGAGGUUGAAUUCCCGUUGCCUACGGGGGAUCGUUGCGAGACCAUGCUUCAUUGCCUCACGCAACUGGGCAUUGGGGUACGCAAUAAAUCCAUUGUCAGUGUUCUGCCAUGUAAUGUGGUACAUUCAGCUAUAGACUUUGGCGAAGAUGAUGAUGACUCAAUGCAGAAGAAUAAUGAAGACGCUAAACGCUGGCGAAGCUUUGUGGAAUCGAUUCGAUCAAAGCUGACAGUGAAACAAGUAGUUGACGGCGUCCGGGGCGGUGGAGAACUAUCAUUCGAUUAUCUCACUUUGAUAAUAACUGCCGAUUCCCUAGCAGCUCUAGGCCUGGUAGAAAACAACGCGUCAAACAUUGUAGCCGCCAUGUUGGUUUCGCCACUCAUGGGGCCAGUGAUGUCCAUAACCUUCGGAACAAUCAUCGCUGACCGGAGUCUAGUGCGGAGUGGAUUUGAGAGCCUCAUCCUUGGAAUGUUCCUGUCUCUACUAUUUGGAUUUAUUUUUGGACUUAUAUUGGGAACCACUGAAAUGCCUUGGGGAUUUGGUGACUGGCCUACUGAGGAAAUGAAAUCGAGAGGUAACGUCCGCUCGUUGUGGAUGGGUGUGCUUUGGGCCCUGACCUCUGGCACGGGCGUGGCGCUCGCCCUACUGCAAGGCAGCGCCGGACCGCUGAUAGGCAUCGCUAUAUCGGCCUCUUUGCUACCACCGGUUGUGAACUGCGGCUUGUACUGGGCGUUAGCGUGCAUAUGGCUUUUGUAUCCAGGUGUGAAGAUACCCCACAUCAAAGGCGAGCCGUAUUACGGUAAUUCGUCUUACGUGCCGCUUUACCACCCCUACUUGCCUAUCGAAUUUGCUGUCAACGGUAUCGUCAGCUGCUGCCUAACGAUUGUCAAUGUGAUAUGCAUAUUCAUAACAGCAAUCAUGUUCCUGAAAAUCAAGGAAGUGGCAGCACCUUACACCUCCACACCUGAUCUUAGAAGAUUCUGGGAGCAGGACAUCAAAGUGGCGAGGGAAGCCAAUCGAGCCACCUUGCAGCGGGCUGAAGACGACGAACGUACGGAGUUAGUUUUGGAAGAUUUAAACCAGAACGAUGACGAAGAAAUAAAGGAACGUUUGGAAGCUGCUGUUCAGGAAGCGCUCGAUGACGAGACUUACAGGAAAGUCAAAAGGAUGAGUUAUCAAAGCCAUAAUGCUGAUGAGGUAAUCCGCACGAUUGGCCUACAACCAAGAUCCCCUGCAUCCAUCCGAUCCAGCCUCGUCGCGUCCGGCCGAGCCACACCUCAGACUAGAGGAUCCAACAUGAACGACAUCGCGGCUUUGGACAAACUGCUGACCUCGCUGCUUGGUCUCCAACACAAGAGAACCAGAUCUUUUAGGUCACAUUUCGGGACACCAAGGGCAAGCCGACUGCCGACUUUGAAUGAACUGGGACGGAACAGGCGAACAGAGUCGUGGCCGGAGAGAAUAUUCGAAGACUCCGUCGUUCGCAACGUUCUUAACAGCGUGAGAGCCAGCAAGAGCUCUGCUGUUGAAGAGCCAUUUUUGACACCUCAAUAAAGUUAUAAGAUCGCAUGAAAGCAGUAGUAUUGCAAUAAAUGUAGGUAACUACUUAAAGUGGAAAUAAAAUAGGGCACGCCCGAUGCUGCUGAAGUCGCAUUUUCAGCACUUCCGUUGCCCUAAGAAACAGUACAUUUAGCAACAAGCACUGGACAAUAGGCGUUAUGUUGUGGCCAAUACUUACCUACUUUAGACGAUAAGGGCUGGGGCCUGUAUGCCCAUAGCAUAUCCAUAUUGUUUUAUUUUCAUCAUGCAUUUUCUACGAGGAUUUUUUUUAAUUAUUCAUAAUUUUUAGGGUUCCGUACCUCAAAAGGAAAAACGGAACCCUCAUAGGAUCAUUUGUUGUCUGCCUGUCUGUCCGUUCGUUAUCCGAAAACCGUUUUGUGGUUAGGUAUAUCACA